AUUAUUUCAUGGUUCUAAGCCGAUGGAAAAUUUAUUGAGCCAGAAGAUUGUGUCGUCGUUUAAUUUCUUUCCCCCUUUAUUGAUACUAAAAAAAUACUCGUUUAUUCACCUUAUCCAUUAUUAAUGUAUUCAAAUCAGAACUAACAUGCACCUGUUGGCGUUCGUAUACUUGUCAGUACGUGUUGGAAUGUCGAAACAAAGUCUAGAUAUUAUUACGAUCGAAAGUGAAACGUGAUUAUUUGUAAGUAUGGAGGAGAAAAUUGGUAAAACAGAGAUCGAGAACACUUUCAUGUUUCAAAAAGUCUGGCCAAAAUCCACGACAAUAUUGAGCACAGUCGAAAUUCGCUUCACAACUGGAAAAGUGGAUACAUCUAGCAACAUUUAUAGGAACGAGGGUAAGGGGGGAGAUCAUGCCGAGAAACGUUUCCUUGACGAAUUGAAAAGUAAAAUUGCACAACGCCAAGUAACAGGAUUAAAAGCAAAACUGGUUCAAAACUACUCGCCCUGUCGGACAUGUGCAAACGACAUCUCCGAGUUUAUGGACAAGGACUGUAAGGACAUUGAAUUUUAUCCAGAAAUAGAGUUUGCAAACUUCUACAAAGAUAAUCCCGACAACCUAGGUGGGUUAGAAAUGCUAAAGGAAAAGGGUGUUGUAUUUGAAUUACUUGAAGGUGAAGAGAAGUGGGGAGCGUUCUUAGAUGACGCGACCUUCGUGAGCUUAAACGACGUUGAAAAAAAGGAACUACUUGACAGGGCAAAGUCAGAAGCCAGAAAGAUAAACGAAGUCAAUGCUUUAAAAAUCUUUAACAACCAUGGACUAGGGAAUACAUCCCAGCCUUCAGGUAAAUAAAAAUCAAUUAUAGAGCAAUAUUCUCAUUGUAAAAAGAAAAGAGAAAUGGAAGACGUGGGAAUCCUCAGCGUGAUAAUAUCCGAGGCUUUAAGUAAGCAAGAAGCGAUAAAGUAAUAUUCUCGUAUAGCAAAUUGAAAGUUGCUUAGCAUUAGUCAUUGAUUACAUUUGUAGCCUUCAACUAUAGAAGCUCUACUGAUUACAAAAGAGUGCAUAAAAUGUGUUUCAUAUAUUUGAAGACGAUUCUAUAAACUCUGCAAACAUGUAUCUUAGUCCUUAGACAAACAAGGCCACAUCUAGGCAACAUUUCAUAAAACAAAAUAGUCGCUUUUUAAUUUUAAGAAACUAAAUUGUGCUAAAUUAUGGACAACAACAGCUAGCAUGAAUUUAUAAUAUUUCUAUAUACACAACGAGUCUUGGAUGUAGAUCUAUAUCGGAUAUACAUGCAGGUGUAUAAAAAAAGGUAAUCCAACUUUGGCAUGUUAUCGCAUAUAUUACGUUGAGCCAUUUACCUUUUUUAUACGAAUAAAGAUCAGGCCUUUAGCUGUCGAAUGCUACCUUUCUUGUAUCAUUGCGAUCAAAAGUAGCCAAAUACGAUCCGAUUUAAAAAUGCCGGCCGAAAUCGCAUUUUUCCAGCGUUGGGCAUUGCAUGUAAAGCUAUUAGGGAGUUUACGAUCUACGACGCGGCCGGCUCGACGACGCGCUUUCAAAACAAAGAAAUUUGUCAUGCAAGAUAAAAACUGAAUAGUUCGUGGUCCCAUGCAGGGGUAUUUUCAACGGCGUUGUCAUGCCCAGCACAACGUUAAACUAAGCAUUAUCACGUCUUUCAAGCAACGUGAAAGCUUAUUGCGACCCAAGACUCCAAGAGGUGUUACUUAAAGUCGAAAUUACAGCAAACAUUGCAUCGCUUCAGCCGAACGUAGCAGUUCGUAAGGUUGAUUUGAAAAAGUGUCAAAUAUUUAUUACAGUAAUCAAAUUGCUUAGCGCUCAUUCUUGAGCUGAAAUUUAGGCUGCGUCGUUGAUCCGGCCGCGUCGUAAUCGUAAACUCUCUAUUGUCUGAUGGCGCAACGCAUGUGUAAGCACAACCUCGUUCCCAAGUUCAAUCUCGUUCCCUGAGCCUGCGAUCCUCGGGAAGGAACGUGAGACUCUAGGAUUAUCCGUUUCAGGGAGGAAUCUGAUUGGCCGUUGAUAUGGAAUGCGCAGUUCGAUCUUAGCCAGGAUUCCUUGGUCCUAGCUUCCGGCAACGGAUUAUCCCAUUCGUAUCACGUUCCGUUGAGCAUCACGUUCCUUCCCGAGGAUCGUAGGCUCGGGGAACGAGAUUGCAUCAAGUUUUGAUAAAUUUUUCCUCGGCCAACAAAUGUUCGAAAAUUGGAAUAACAUUUAAUGUUUAUAUCCCAAAGGUGGAAAAGUGCGAAAUCAACCGAUUACUUUAAAUCAAAUCGUAUUUGGUUAUUUUUCAUCGCAAUCAUUCCAUAAAGAUGUUAUUUAACAGCUAAAAGCCUGAUCUAUAUAAAUACGAAAACAGAAAACCUAUAAACGUAAUAAUUAACGCAUGAUAACAUGUCAAAGUUGGAUUACCUUUUUUUAUAUACACGCUGUAUAGUAACUAUUUUGUAGUUAUUGUAAUUUUUAAAUUUUACACAAUUCAGCCAUAGUAGGCUGGCUGCAAUGUAAAAUUGUAUCAAUUAAACUAUCUAAGGUAGUAUCUAUCUCAUGUCUGUUCCCCUCGAAUUAGUAAAUUAGAGUCAGUAAACAAACUGGCACCAUAUAUGUUUAGUGUAUAUGGAUAAUGAUCAUGGUGAUGACAUCGGCAUCGUACAUUUAAACAAUUUUAGAGUAUUUGAUCAUGGAACUAUAAUACGCAUGCAUAUUUACUUGUUUCAACAGAUGCGGAUCCUAGUAAAGGACCUGCAGCGCAGCAAAGAACGUACUAUUGUUACAGUCAAACCGGAUGUUCUCUUGCGAGCAAGAUUGCAAUAUUGUCCCACAAUACUGCAAUUUUGAUAGGCAGAUUGCUCUGGGCAAUUUAGAACCGAUGCGAACAAACUUUGAAUUCAUAAAAGAUUGGUAAACAUUAAGCCUCUGAUUGGACUAUUAGAAAAAGGGAAGCCAAUCAAAUAGUCUGAGCAACUUUUAGUCCAAUCUAUCAGAAGCUUUGUUUACAAAUCUUUUGUGAAUUUAAACUUGCAAUUUGUUCGCGUCGGUUGCCGAAUUGCUCAGAGCAAUCUGCCUAUCAAAAGUGCAAUAUUGUGGGACAAUAUUGCAUUGUUGCUCGCAAGAGAACAUCCGGUUUGACUGUAAAGACAAAACUGAGAUCUAGAAGGUGACAAUAAUGAUGACAAUAACCAUGGUAUUUUAAAAAAGAGUUUAUUUAAAAUAACUUUGAACACAAAUAUCAUAUUUACUUAUUUCAACAGAUGGGGAACAGCAAAACCAUUAGAAAUGAUAAUGAUGAAGAUUAAGAUGACAAUGACGAUGAUAAUAAUAUAGACUGAAAUGGACAUGUAGAUGCAUGAUAAUAUAGAUAUGUACUAUGUAGAUGAUAUAAAAUAUAAACAUGUAGAUGAAAAUAUAGAGAUGUAGAUGAUAAUAUAGACAUGUAGACGAUACUAAAUAGUCUAGGCUAAAUAAUUAAUAUAAGUAAGCGUGAUACUUGAUGUAACUGCAAAGCCCCAAUUGGGAGUGAACUGAAUAAUAAUAAGUACUAGUUACUAUAUACUUAAAACAUAUAAAAUGCAUGACAACGUAGAUGUGCUUGGCAGAACAUCCUGUUGUUAAAUAUAGCCCUCACUGUAUUGGUUUCAUUUGUAUUGCUAAAUUAUUAAAAAACCAUUGGUGUUCGUUGAACGUUUAUAUUUAGUAGAUAUGACAAAUAUAACGGGAUAUUAAUAUCAAUUUAUGUCUAUUUUAAAAUGUGUAGUUGUUCAAAGCUGGAUUAGCGCUAACCACUGAU